UGGCAGAAAAGUUUGGUUAUGUUCCCGCCGGCUGUCCACUUAGUGAGUCAAUGAAAUAGUGUUUGUGAUGUUUUACUGUGAAAAAUGGAUAAAAUGUGGGAGAAAACUGUAGAAAUAUUUCCCAUUCUCGAGAGGAAGUUGAAGAUCUCAGAAUGUACCCAGCAGGACAUGAAGCUACUUGUUGGUGAAUUGAUUCGUAUGGACAUUGCUGAGAACAUUUAUGAAACCGUAUUUAUAGAAAUCGGUAGUGAAUUGAGGCAGAAAAUUGCUCCAAGAUUUUGGCAGAAUUUUCGCCAGCACAGUGAUCAGGAUGAUGGAUUCUGUCGCUUCCAGAAAGCUGUUACGGAUUUACGCGAAGACUUUCGGCUUUUCAGUGACACUGUCGAUCGUCUCAAGGUUAUGAGGAGCUGGUGCUCCUUUCAGCGCCAAGAAAACCUUCGCGAUGAGCCAGAGAGAUUCAGUGAACUCUUCCGUACGACCCUUCUGUCACAACUUCCUGUCAAUUUCAACGAUAUCGUCGUGGCAUUUUACAAACUCUCCUUUCGGGUUUUUGCCAACAGCCACAUGCACGAGGUAUCAGAUCCAGAUGAUCUGCCCGAAUUGGACGAUAUGAAAUGCAGUGGAUGUCAGUAUGAAGCCGAUAGCUGUCGAUGUCAGGAAUUAAUUAACGCUUUCAACAGUACCAAUCGCCAUCUCAUAGAAAUGGGUCUUUUGGAUCGUCUUGCUGGAUUCACGCUCACGAAUCUCAUUGAAGAACGUAUCGAGGCAUCCGUAAAAGAGAUGUGCAAGGGGGUCUUUGUAUCAAACAUCGAAACACUGGAGAAAUGGCUCAAUGCAAUUGUCAUCAAUUGGCUAAUCCGGAUUUACAAUUUCGGAUGUUUGAAGAUUGACGAGGAGAACACCAAAAUGCAGGCUACAAUUGCGAAAUUUCGCAUGAAACUCAACUUCUUCAUGUACGAAACGUAUGCUAAUGUUAUAAUUGAGCAGUUCUUCGACAUAAUUAUCGACUUCCCGGAGUCCCAACCAGCGAUUGAUGAUUUAAAAGUCUGCUUCGAAAAAGUAGAUCUACGUCCGCAUCUCGUACAGACGCUCAAGCUGGCGCUGGAGACACGUCUUUUGCAUCCGGGAGUCGAUACGUCAGACAUUCUCACUGGGUAUGUGUCCGCGAUCAAGGCGAUUCGUCACCUGGACAGCACUGGAGUCCUUUUGGAAACCAUCACGGAACCCGUAAAGGAAUACCUGAGGAGUCGCAAUGAUACGGUAAGAUGCGUGGUAACGGGUUUAAUUGAGGAUGGACCAACGGAUUUGGCUGAGGAAUUGGCCAAGAGUGAGGCACUGAAGGAGGAGGGUGUUGCUGUUGUGGAUGAUUUGACGAAUUGGGAAUCAUGGAAUCCCGAUCCGGUUGAUGCUAAUCCCAGCAAGGUCAAGCCUCAUCGUUCGGCUGACAUUAUCUCCAUGGUCGUGGACAUUUACGGGAGCAAGGAACUCUUUGUCAAUGAAUACAAGAAUCUCCUGGCAGAGAGAUUGCUGCAGCAGUUGGAUUUGAAUUCGGAGAAGGAGAUCCGGAAUUUGGAAUUGCUGAAGCUCCGUUUUGGCGAGAGUGUUCUGCAUAGUUGUGAAGUAAUGCUCAAGGAUAUCAGUGAUUCCAAGAGAAUCAAUGCACAUAUCCAGAGUGACAGUAAUUAUUCAGAUACGAAGGCAUUUGAGUUCUCUAGUUUGAUUCUGUCGGCACAAUUUUGGCCGGGUUUCAAGAAGGAGGAUCUUGAAUUGCCAGAAGCUAUUCAGUCACAAUUUGAGAAUUACAGGAAGUCAUAUGAAGCGUACAAGGGCAACAGGACGCUUCAUUGGCGGCCGGUUAGUGGAAAGGUGACGCUGGAGGUUGAGCACAUGGGAAAAUGUGUUGAGUACUCAGUGACACCAACACAGGCCACAAUUAUCUAUCAUUUUCAGGAGAAAUCCGAAUGGAAUCUCAAUGACUUGAGUAGUAUCAUGAAAAUUCCGCCAUCAGUAUUGCGCAGGAAGAUUACAUACUGGCAAUCCCAUGGAUUGAUAAAAGAGACCAAGACUGGUUCUUUUAUCCUGGUAGAAGAUACCAGUGAUUCUGACAUGGAGGAAAUGCAGACAGAACCUCAGGAUAUUUGCGAUGAUGACGAAGAGUCAGAGAAUGUUGUUGCUUCAGCCAGUGAUCAGCGUGAGGAGGAACUUCAAGUUUUCUGGUCAUACAUUGUGGGAAUGCUGACGAAUCUGGAUUCACUGCCAAUUGAGAGGAUUCAUCAGAUGCUAAAGAUGUUUGCAUCAAAUGAAAAAGGUGUAGAAUUCUCCCUGGAUGAAUUGAAAGAUUUCCUUCAGACAAAAGUCCGGGAACAUCAACUGAUAUUCGCUUCUGGUGUUUAUCAUUUGCCCAAGUAAAAAACCAAUAACGCUUGAUAUUUUCUAAUAAAUUUAUUCUCCAAUAAUCA